GAAACUACCAAACGUUUCUCUGGCCGACAGUUGAGAGUACAGCUUUGACUCUCCCACUGAUCUCCAACUACUCAUAUGUGAUUGGGAUUAACAGCGACAGAGCAUAUUUCUGAACAUGGUGACAUUGAACAGAAUGUCACAGAUCCAAGAGAUUCCUUCUGUGGCAGGGCACAAAGACAGCAGCUACAACAUGCUAGCCAUCCUCAAGUCAUGGGAAGAAAACAAGACCUGCAGUGAGGAAAACACCAGCCAGUUUCUGUUAAUUAUGCUUUUAAAGGUGGGUCUGGACUGUUUAAUCCUGUCCUUGAGCCAUCGCCGUCUGCAUACCUCCUUCAUAGGCAUCUGUGGCCUCUCAGUCUUCCUGGUUGAUGUAGCAUUGUCAUGUGCUGUGGGAGCCGUAUGGGUCCUGGGACCUGCUAGCCCCCAAGUGUCCACAUGUUUUUUCUUGGCACACGCCUCAGCCAUGUUCAGCGCACUGCCUUUGCCUGUCCUAGGCCUGGGACUGCUGGACUAUGCCUGCUUCCAUAGCGCCCCCUACAGGACCCCCUGGUACUGCAUGCUUACGUUGGUGGUGUGGGUGCUUGCAGGUGUACACUCGUACUGCUCAGCCUUCACCGGCCUGAUCGAGGUUGAGUACGGAAGAGGGAGGAAUGCUUUAGGAUGCGCAGUGCAGGACUCUGCGCUGGUGGUAUAUUUCUCAGUGGGGAUCUUCAUAGCCAUCUGCUCUGUGCUGCUGUUCCACUACAAAUGUAUUUGCUCCUUGAUGAAAGAGGCCAACAGGCUCUCAAAGCAGAGGGACAAUGCCAACUUUAAGCUGCAGCACAGUCUGAUCUAUAGGUACACCAACUUAAAGCAGCUAAAAGCUGAUGAGGAGAAGGAUCUGUUGGGGGAAACCAAAUGGCAGAGCCCCCCCCUUUACCUGAGCCUGACGCUGGGCUUUGGGACAACGUGGGCAUCUUACCUGUUCAUGGGCGUCGCCUGUGAGCUCUUGGGCCUUGCAGUCCCAGCUUACAUAUCCGUUAACAUCUUGUGGUUGAAGUGUGCCGACAGCUUAUUGGUGGGGCUGAUGUUCUGGCUCAGGAGUGACUGGUUAGGGCCGUACAGCGAUCCCCCGGACGAGCUUUGCCAGUGGCAGGUUUACUGGCACUUAAGUAGAGGACAUGUUAGAGAUGGCGAGAAACUUCCCAAUGCUAUGUCCACCCUGACAGGAAACGACAGAAACCCACUCCUGCAGGUCUAAAUUGUGCAAAUACAAAAGCUGACAUGACAACAUGAAGUGUUUUCUAUUAAAUUUGCAAUCGUCUAAAAAUGUCCGGUACAGAUUGAGGACAGAGGAAGUUAUUACGCUGUUACAGUCGUAAGUAUUGUUUGGAAGCCUAAAUUAUAUAAUAAUACUUGCCGCUGACAUGGAAGUGUAAGUUCAUGUUUCUCAGUUUCAGUGUUAUUACAUGAUUCUUCAAAAUGCUUUUAAGUAACUGGGUGAUUCUCAGGGGACAUGUCAAAAUCAUGUCAGAAAGAAAAGGAGUUAUAAAACCGCAACGAUUCAUGUUUACACAGGCAGUCACCGCACAUUUUUUUCACGACUAAUUCAGACAAAGCCUUCCAUACAUUUGUUCCCAUUGUAGAAGUGGUCAGAAAGUAACUUUUCCGACAUGAAUGUUGAACCAACUUGCCUAGCUCACCCUUCUAAAUCCAUAUCUUCUGAAAAAUAUAUGGUUAUCCCAGUUUCUUAUUUCUUGAAGAAAAACUGUUUAAUAAACAUGUUCCUUUUUUGAAAUAUAAAUUUCACUGAAAAAUGGGUAAACAAAAUGUUCAUGCAAUGUUCACUCCAUUUCAUAUCAAUUGGGACGAUAAAUUAACUGAAGUGUUCAAUAAAUUGAACUGGUACCACUAAGAUGGUUGAAGGUCAAAUCAAUAUGUAUGUGUAUUGCUGUAUAUAGUUCAUGUAAUUUGAUGUUUAUGCUGAUUUUCCUUGUAAACUGUGUUUUUUAUAUAAAUGUUUUUACAUGUG